AUGUCCUACUACAACGUUGACGCCAUCUUGACCGACACCCAAAAAAUCCCUUGUACUUUUCAACUCGACGUGCCCGGACUCGGGUAUCUUGAUGGUAAUGCUGGAGGGACGGUAAAAGCCGGGACGACCAUUGAACUUCCCAUGUGGCUGGGUGUGAUGCUUGCGGUGUCAGCCGGAAAUGCGCCUGGAUCUCCUCAACUGGUCACGCUGAAUUUUCCGUCGCCUCUUCAGCAACGAGUGAUCAACGCCUUGAAAGCAGACCCGAGGACGGUUGACCUGCGAGCCCAGGCGCCACAUUACUACGCGCUGUCGGCACGAAUAAUGGAGCUGUUUGACGACCAGGUUGUUCUCAGCACACUACUUGACACGUUCAAGGCACGAGCUCUGGAGAUUGCCGACCAAGCGCACAACCCUCGAGGAGCACUGGGCGACGGUGCUGAUUUCCUCCGGGGACUAGAGGAGACCGAGAGACAGCUGUUCAAGGCGGCCCAUGAAGGACCCAAAGCAGUCAAAGCUUGGACGCAAGAUCUGAAAAAGAACACCUGA